UUGUAGGCAGAUCUGACUCGCUCCAGUGGCACACCCUGGGUGACAUAGUCUCUGAGUGCUUCCGACGGUUGACUGCGAAUGCUACGCUACCUGCUCCAGCCCAAGUUGAGCGUAUGCCUCGGUGAGGACCGACUGCUUGACCAUCUGGUGGCUUGGAGAAAAGGGUGGCCCGUCCCGACACGCGACGCGCUCCGAUUGCCUUUCAAGGAAACCAGAAUCUUUGUCCUUAGACCGGUGCAGACAGCCAUGGCAGAAAGCCUAGCGUCGUCCAUUCUCAGUGGGCUUUUGGGUGACAAUGCAGUCCUUACUUCCAGGCGGGUUUCGGUCUCAUGGGCGUCGGCGUGGGUCUCACCGCGCUCCGACAAGGUGUCGUACUCGGGUCGACAGCUCUGCGUCGACGUCUUCUUGUCACUCUCGAGGUCAACAACAAAGACCGUGCCUAUGAGUGGUUCCUCGCAUGGUUGGCUCAUAACUCCACCGCAGUGUCGCAGCAACGUGUUACAGGCAGGUGGUUCCGAAGUCACCAGCUAAGCGUUGAGACGGCGGUCGAACAGCGCAACAACGGAAGCUCGUCCGCCGUGUUUAGGCUGGUGGCCGGGCCUGGUACACAUUGGUUCAGGUACCGUGGUGCCUGGAUGCAGAUGAAACGGGAGCGCGAGACACGCGCUAUGCAGCUCAUGUCUGGUACACCAUGGGAGACCGUUUCGUUAACGACCCUGUCGCGCGAUAGAGACCUUUUCCCCCGGCUGCUUGCUGAAGCACGGGAUUUGGCCAUGAAAAAUCAAGAAGGCAAGCUUGUUAUUCGCACCGCGUGGGGUAUAGAAUGGAAACCAUUUGGUCAACCUCGACAAAAGCGACCCCUUCAUAGCGUCGUAUUGCAUGCAGGAGUAGGCGAGAAAAUAGAACAAGACGUUCGCGCUUUCUUACAGCGAAGGCAGUGGUAUGCCGAUCGGGGCAUCCCUUAUCGGAGAGGAUACCUGUUGUACGGCCCUCCGGGCUCGGGCAAGACUUCUUAUAUCCAAGCAUUGGCUGGUGCACUCUCAUAUGAUAUCUGUUUACUUAACCUCUCCGAACGAGGACUCACCGAUGACAAACUUAUUCAUCUGUUUUCAAACGCCCCCGAGCGCAGUUUCAUACUCAUCGAAGACGUUGACGCCGCCUUCAAUAGACGGGUACAGACGAGUGAAGACGGAUACCAGUCGGCCGUAACAUUCUCAGGCUUCCUUAAUGCACUCGAUGGUGUCGCAUCGGGCGAGGAGCGCAUGGUAUUCAUGACCACUAAUCAUGUCGAUAACCUUGACCCCGCUCUGAUCAGACCAGGUCGCGUGGAUCUCAGAGUACUUGUCGAUGAUGCGUCUCCAUCUCAAGUUCGGACACUAUUCACACGGUUUUACGGUGGUAGUGAGGAUAUCCCCCCAGAAGACGUCGCUAGGCUGGCUCAGGAACUCGAGGUCCUCACAGCAAACGAGAUGCGCAGCGGACGACGGAUCAGUAUGGCUGCUCUGCAAGGCCUGUUCAUAAGGAAUGGUGCUAAGGAGGCUGUGGAAUCUUGCCAAGAUCUCUUCGUCAAGAGAUAGACGGGUAUGCUACAAAUGCACAUAACAACUGACGCGAUGGAGAUUUCAAAAAAUUGAUUUUCGUUUCCGGC